AAUCGAUGCUCAGCAAUCAAUCAAUCAGCCAGUGUAAAUAAUCAUUGAUUUGUUCUGGCGGCGAUAACAAUUUAUAAUACUAUAAUUAUAUAAUACGCCCUCCCAUGGCGAGGUCCAAGAUCUUGGGCGCCGCAGUCCAUCUCGGCCGCCGCGCCGUGCGCCGCAAGGCCACCAUCGUCUCUACCCUGUUCAUCGUCUUCUUCUUGCUCCCCAUUCUCAUGUACAUUCUCCUCGGCACCUUCCUGGCAAACGAUCCCCGCCUGGUACCGCACGCAAUCCGCAAUGCCCAGAACGUCCUGUUGAUCACCGCCCAUCCGGACGAUGAGUGUCUGUUCUUUAGUCCGAGCAUCCUACACAGCUGGGGCAAGGCCCAUGUGAACCGCCAUGUGCUAGUCUUAUCAUCUGGCAACUACGAAGGUCUCGGCGCCCAACGUCGCGCAGAAGCGAAAGCCUCGUGCGCCGAGCUCGGCAUUGCCGACGACAAAUGCCUAAUCCUCGAACAUAAGCACCUGCAAGACAACCCCCGCGAAUGGUGGGACGAGAAGCUGGUCGAGCGCACGCUCGACCGACACGUGCAGAUGUGGAAUAUCGAUUUGAUCAUCACCUUUGACGAAUAUGGGAUAUCGGGCCACGUGAACCACCGGUCAGUGAGCAACGGGGUUCGCAAGUUCGCCAACGACCACGACCACAAUCCGCCGGCAUAUGCGGUGCAGACUAAAUUCGUGCUGCGGAAGUAUUCAUCGCUGGCGGAUUUGAUUCCGACCUCGUUCCCGUUUACGUGGAGGAUUCUGCAGGCUGUUUUCACGUCUGUGCCCAAGGGGUAUGCGACAACGGUGCCGGUGCCGGGAAAGAGUGUGCUGCCGCCGGAGGGAGGGGAUAGGUUUGGAGAUAGAGCGCUUCUGGUGACGAAUUGGAGCCAGUACAUGAAAGGGCGGGCGGCGUUCAAGCAGCAUGCGUCGCAGUAUUCCUGGGACAGGGUGUUGUAUUUGGUGCUGAGUCGGUAUAUGUGGUUUAACGAUUUGAGAAGGAUGUAAAAUUGUUGAUGGUGUUUAUGUUAUUAGCGAAAAUAUGGCGUUCCAGGUAUAUCUAACAAAUAGGCAUUUUUAAUG